GGAUGGAAAAUCACCCCUCACUUACCUCGUAGUGUAUUUUAAAAAUUAGAGGAGCUAACCAGCGAUGGGCUGUAACUAUGUGAUCAUGCUUACAUCCUAGUGGGGCUCCAUAGUUAAGAGUGGAUCUAACAUGCUCACGCCAUUUGGGUUUUCAGUUUUGAAUCCGAAUAAAGCAUGUGCUUUUUUCAGCCCAAGGACAGCUCUCUUUAACUUGCUAUGGAAUUCUGAACGCCAGCAUGAAGAUCAAAUUAAACCAUGCUUCUAUAUGAGCCAACCCACGAGGGAAUGCUGUACCCUACCCAGAAUUGAUCAUACGCUUGAUCCAAAAGUUGCGAGGUCAAAUUCUAUUAUCACAAAGCUGUGCAAAGAAGGUCGUACUGCCAAAGCGCGAGUACUGUUCGACGAAAUGCCUGAACCAGACGUGAUUUCAUGGACAGCUAUGAUUUCAGGGUACAUAAGUUGUGGUUUGAUUAGUGAAGCUAGGGAAUUAUUUGACCGAGCUGAUGCUAAGAGAAAUGUUGUUACCUGGACAGCUAUGGUUGCCGGGUAUAUGAAGGCAAAACAAAUUUCCCGGGCCGAGAGACUUUUCAAGGAUAUGCCGGAAAGGAAUGUGGUGUCUUGGAAUAUUAUGAUUUACGGGUAUGUGAAAGCUGGUAGAAUUAAUGAGGCGCUGGGGUUAUUCCAGAAGAUGGAACAGAGGAAUGUUGUUUCUUGGAAUAUGGUGAUUGGAGGACUGACUCAAUGCGGAAGGAUGGAUGAGGCAUGGAGGAUUUUUCACCAAAUGCCAGCAAGAAACGUGGUUUCCUGGACAUCCAUGAUUGUCGGCUUGUCAGGCAAUGGGAGAGUAGAAGAGGCAAGGAUGCUUUUUGAAGGGAUGCCGGGUCGGAAUGUGGUUUCAUGGAAUGCAAUGAUUACUGGGUACAUAAAGAAUUUAAUGUUUGAUGAGGCAUUUCGACUGUUUGAGAGGAUGCCUGAAAAGAGUGUUCUCUCAUGGAAUACAAUGAUCACUGGUUUCCUAGAGAAUAAGGAUCUGGAAAGUGCAAGAGUGUUAUUCAAUGAAAUGCCAAGAAAAAAUGUAGUUUCCUGGACAACGAUGAUUAACGGGCUUCUGCAGAGUGGCGAAAGUGAAAAAGCUAUAGAAACAUUCAGUGAAAUGCAAUGGGAUAGCCACGUAAGACCAAAUGAAGGCACCUUCAUUUGUGUCUUGGGUGCUUGUAGCAACAUAGCUGGUCUCAGUGAAGGGAUGCAAAUUCACCAAGUAAUUAGCAAGACCAUCUAUCAGGAUAACCAACAAGUCGUUUCUGCACUUAUUGAAAUGUAUUCAAAAUGUGGAGAGCUGUUACCUGCCAUAGAAUUGUUUGACAGUGAUGGAUUUAGAAGCCGUCAAGAUGUUGUCUCUUGGAAUGGAAUGAUUGCGGCAUAUGCUCACCACGGAUGUGGUAAAGAGGCAAUCUAUUUGUUCAAAGAGAUGCAAAAGAUGGGGUUCAAACCGAACGGUGCAACUUAUGUGGGGCUUCUUUCUGCUUGCAGCCAUUCGGGGUUGGUCGAGGAAGGGUUGACUUACUUUAAAGGGCUUAUGAGAGACGAGUCCAUAGACAUGGGAGACCACCACUACUCAUGCCUCAUCGACCUCUGCAGCCGAGCAGGAAACCUCAAAGAGGCUUACAGACUCAUGGAACAACUCCACACAAAGUUACCUGCAAAGAUAUGGACAACUCUUCUUUCAGGAUGUAGUGUUCAUGGCGACGAAGAAACUGGGAAACUUGUAGGAGAAAAACUCCUAGGGGUUGGCCAGGUUUCUUCCGAGAGUUGCAGCACUUCUACAUUGCUCUCUAACAUAUAUGCUUCAAGUGGGGAUUGGAAAGAGGCUGCAAAACUGCAGGGGAAAAUGAAGGGUAAAGGGUGGAGAAAGCAGCCUGGUUGUAGUUGGAUUGAAGUGGAAAAUAGGGUCUUUAUUUUUAUGGCUGGUGAUAGGUCUCAUGAUGAAACUGGGCUGAUUUAUUCUUUGCUAGAUAUUCUUCAUAUAAGAAUGAAGAGGGAUGUUUUCUUUCCUACAGGCAAUUUCAUCAUGGAAGAGGAUUGAUUCUGCAUUCAAUUGACCCUUUUCCUCAAGCUCGAACUUACAUAUGUUAUAUGUAUGUAUCUUCACACGAAUACUCCAAAAAAUUUGUGAUUUUAAGUUAAUACUCCGGAAUUGAAUAAUAUACACCGUUGGUUCCAGAAAUUUUUUAAUUUUAUAGCAAUACUCCGGACUGCCAACGAAGCACAAUAUGUGGGACUUUAUAAAUGAUGACCGUAAAUUAUUAAGUAUGUGUUGGUAAUUACGGAGUGAUAUAAAAUAAAAGAAAACAAUGUUUCAGACAAAAUAAAGAAUCUGAAGGUACAUAUUUCAUAAUCAAAUUUAUAUUCAUUG